AUGAGCGAAAGAGGUUCGGAGAUCGUCUACCGGGCGGAAAAUAUUCCGAUUCGCUUCUUCAAGGCAUGUCGAUGGUGCAGGAGACAGAAGAUGCGGUGCGAUGCGCGCAGUCAAACCCCUUGCUUCCGCUGUCGCUCCACCGGUCGGGACUGCAUUCUGGAUCCUAUUGAUGACGGCCGGCGCCGAAGUGACCGUCGGCGGAAGACUACAACCCCCGCGAGGAGCCAAGUCAAUUCUUCUCCAGUUGAUCAGCGCACUGGUUUUCAUACUCCGGUCUCAAGAGACCAGGGAUUCUCUCCAGCCACCGUUCGCGAUGGUGGCUUUGAAACUUCACUUGACUCUUUGCCCGAGUCUACUGGACUGAAUAGCCUUCAAAGGUCGUAUACAAAUGACCAAAAUGGACCAGAGCAUCAGCAGUUGAGUCCAAAUGAAAUGAUUGCACCUGCAUCCGCGGUGCACUCCAUGUCAGUGAAUCUGCUGGGUUCAAAUGAUAUAUUCAUGGACAACUCAAACAAGGGCGAUUCCAGAGGCAAUGUUAUUGAUCGAGGAAUCGUCAGCGAGGAGCUCGCUCGCUCGAUGUAUGACCGAUUCACAGGAGGCUCAAAAAACUACCUUGGACUUUUUGAUCCCAUUCGCGACACUUUUGACUCUAUCCGGUCACGGUCAUUGUUUUGCUUUACAGUAAUCAUAUACCUCGCCAGUCGCGCUGUAUCUGAUCUACGCGGAGAUACACAUCUGCAGCGUGUUUUACAAGAUGAGGCGCAGCGUUUGGCAGAAGACAGUUUCUUCGAGCGACCCACUAAACUUGAAACAGUGCAAGGAAUGAUUCUCCUGGCGGCUUAUUCGGAGAAGACUUGGUUCUCAAUCGCCCUCAUUCUUCGCACAGCAUUGGACUCUGGCUUGGAGAAGUCACUUGAUACAUUAUUGUCACAGGAGACUGUCCCGCGGAGCUCUCUCUCUGCUUCUAUGGCUGAACGUCAACUAGUAUGGCAAACACGAACUUGGCUGAUCAGUUUCACCUUGGAGUUAGACGUUGCAUCUGGCACAGGACGCAAGUCUCGCAUUGCCGAGGUCGAUGUCUCAAAGCUACGCCGAUUCCUUGAAUAUCCUCUUUCUCUGCCAGGCGAUAUGCGUACGGUUUGCAUCAUUGAACUCCAUCAGCUACGAGGCAAUUACCGCUUUGCUAUUGACAAUGUACUGACGGUCGAUGAAAUCGUUUCGAACAAGCUACCAUCCAUUAUGACCAGACUCCAGGGUUGGUUCGCAGCGUGGGAUGAAAUCCACAAUAAUAAUGGGUUUCAUGAAGGGGCGUUCCAACGCAGUAGCCUGAAGCUUAUGUUUAACUAUGCCAGAAUAUUUGUCCUCUGUGCUUCGCUCGCACGGAUUCAGAAGCUGCAACCGACAUACGCAGACUCUAGUUCUGACAUCCUUGAUCAGAAUGUUGUUGAACUAUGGCGAUCCCUUGCAACGACAAUCAUGGACCAAUUAGGAUUUUUGAUCAAUGAGCCAUCCUAUCGUUGUCAAUUAGCAUGGUCCCCGACAUACCCGGCUUUGACCAUUGCGUUCGUCACAACAUUCGCCCUCCGAAUAGCGAGGUGGCGUCCAAAUUUAAUCAACCAGAACCUCCUACUAGAAAGAGCAGAAAGGAUUUGCGAUUUCCUGAAACAGCCCCCUUAUCCUGAUAUCCACCGGACAGUCUCAAUCUUUGUCAACUACGCACGAGCUCUGAUUGCUAGCCAGCGCCCACAGAGCAGCAAUGGAACAGAUGCGCCCAACAUGUCCGAUCAAGGUGACGGGCCACAUCCGUCAUACUGUGACGGCCCUAUGGUCGAUGCACCUCCUCCACCAGGAGUGGGUCCCAUCGACGAUCGCUACAGGAACGGGCUAAACACCCAUACUGAUAAGGAUUCAAAUAUGGUCUCAAUGCCAAGUGGCGAUACAUCUGCGGCCAGACCGCCACUUUCUCGGCUACCCGGCACGAUGGAGGCACCAAACUGGACUGUAUCAAACUCCAUUGCGGAUUCAUUCGGUCUUUUCGAAGAAGGACAGAACGACAUCUUUGAUUUCUUACCAAUGAUGCCGUCGAUGCCACAAUAG